GUUCCAGUCCAUUGGAUCAAGUUCAGUCUUCUUUACCCAACGAUCCUUUAUUUGAAAAAAGUGAAACAGAAAUUUCUAUUUGUGAUACAGCAUUGAAUGAAACCAUUGAGCGCAGUCCAUCGUUUGCUGCNGCACAUCAUAGUGGGGAAGGCAGGGAGACCUUAGGAAGCAGCACGGAUCUUCAUAAUCACCCUGAGGGUGAAUAUACUCCAGGAGCUUGUAAUGCUUCAAGUGUCCAAAAUGGAAUCGCACUGGUUCAUACUGACUCUUACAAUCCAGAUGUCAGGCGUGGAGAGGAUAACAACCAUCUUCAGCUUUCUGCAGAAGUUGUGGAAGGUGGUAGAUAUCAGGAAGCUUUGGGCAACACAAUAUUUGAGUUGGCAAAUGGAGAGGUGGAGGCUUAUACUGGUCUUUCUCCAUCAGUCCCCUCUUUUAACUGUGAAAUAAGAGAUGAGUUUGAAGAGUUAGAUUCAGCUCCUGUAGUGAAAAGUCCUCUUGGUGACACUGAGUUUGUCAAUCAGAACAAUCAGGAAUUUCAGAGGUCCCCUUCUAAAGAUGAAGUUGUUAGAAAGAAAGAACAAAAUACUAGCCAGGAGAGACAGACAGAAAAUUCAACUGUAGAAUCAGCAUGUGCUCCAGGACAAAUUUGCAGUGAACAAAAUACCAGGGGUAGGGACAACGCCCAGGGAAGUUCUCCUGAACAGGUAGUAAGGCCCAAAGUUAGAAAACUGAUAAGUUCAAGUCAGGUGGACCAAGAAACAGGUUUUAAUAGGCAUGAGGCUAAACAAAGAAGUGUUCAGAGGUGGAGGGAGGCUUUGGAAGUUGAGGAAAGUGGCCCGGAUGACCUGUUAAUAAAAUGUGAUGACUACGAUGGAGAACAUGACUGUAUGUUCUUGGACCCACCUUACUCAAGAGUUACACAGAGGGAAACAGAAAAUAACCAAAUAACAUCGGAAAGUGGAGCCACAGCAGGAAGGCAAGAAGUUGUGGAUAACACCUUUUGGAAUGGCUGUGGAGAUUAUUACCAGCUGUAUGAUAAAGAUGAAGAUAGUUCAGAAUGUAGUGAUGGAGAAUGGUCUGCUUCUUUGCCUCAUCGAUUUUCUGGUACAGAAAAAGAUCAGUCCUCAAGUGAUGAAAGCUGGGAGACUCUGCCAGGAAAAGAUGAGAAUGAACCUGAACUACGGAGUGAUAGCAGUGGUCCUGAAGAAAACCAAGAAUUAUCUCUUCAGGAAGGGGAACAGACAUCCUUGGAAGAGGGAGAAAUUCCUUGGCUACAGUACAGUGAAGUCAAUGAAAGCAGCAGCGAUGAGGGAAAUGAGCCCGCCAAUGAAUUUGCACAGCCUGAAGCUUUCAUGUUGGACGGUAACAAUAACCUUGAGGAUGACUCCAGUGUGAGUGAGGACUUAGAUGUGGACUGGAGGUGUGUAGCAGUGUUGUUACCAUGCUUAAGUACUGCCCUGGCACAUUUAGAGUCUCUUGCAGUAGAUGUGGAGGUGGCCAAUCCACCAGCCAGUAAGGAGAGCAUUGAUGGUCUUCCAGAGACCCUCGUUCUUGAAGAUCACACUGCUAUUGGUCAGGAGCUAUGCUGUCCAAUCUGUUGCAGCGAGUAUAUUAAGGAUGAUAUAGCAACAGAGUUACCCUGUCACCAUUUCUUUCACAAGCCUUGUGUCUCAAUUUGGCUACAGAAGUCGGGAACAUGCCCUGUGUGCCGCCGUCAUUUCCCACCUGCAAUUAUCGAAGCAUCUGCAGCUGCUUCCUCUGAGCCUGAGCACGAGGCCCCACCUUCAAAUGACAGCACUGCAGAAGCCCCCUAAACCUUAACACUUGAAUGAGAUCAGUCUAUCAAAGUAAAUCCGCAAAUUCCUUCUAAAUCUGAUGUGCAAAUAAUUAUAUAUAAAUAUAUUAAAAUGCUAUAUAUAGUCUAUGCCAUAGUUUAGAAAGAGAAUAUUAACCUUUCUAAACUAAGUUUAGGUUUGCUGGAAGUACUAAACAUUUUCAAGCUGAAUGUUGAAGCAGUACAUCCAUUUUUUUUUUAGUUGAAUAUGUUAUUGUAAAGCUUAUCAAUUAACUCUCUCCAGAAGAAAUAAUCAUCUAUGUGGCAUACAUUAUUGGUUUUGUCUGAAGUACUGCCACUAAGUUGAUUAUGAUUAAGAUCUCCUAUUUGCAUCAGAUGUGAAGACUGUGAUCACAGCAGUACUAAAAUUGGUUUCAUUGGAAAUAAAAAGAAUUCAAAAGCAUGCUUUUUCAUUGGUCCCUUUGCUUUUGCUGCAUCAAAACCUCUUGGUUCAUAAUACUGAGUGGUUUUUUAGCAAGGUGUCUAUUCUUCCAUCUUUGUUUAAAAUUAGGACUUUUUAGAAUGUCCAACAAAGGCUAUAAUUCUGGCCAUGUCAUCACAAAAUUUUCAAUCUUCAAUGUAAUCCCCUGGAAAUGUUAAGGUAGUAAAAUAAAUUAUUGUUUUAUGUUGGAUGUGCUUAAAGUAAGAUUAGUAAAGCAUAUGAACAAUCUAGUGUGCUCAGUGCUCAGUUCAGAAUUAGAAGGCCUUACAGAAAUCCUUUCUACUUGGAUAAAGUUAUACUUGAAGGUCCAGAACACUCAUGGCACAUUUGUUUAAUAAAUAUUGGGUAUAGUUAGUUUAAGGGAAUUUUGGUUCUUAAAUAUUUUGGAAAGUCUGAAAACAUGCAUACAGUGUUUUUAAUACUCAUUCUGUUGUAUCCUAAAGGAAAAUCUGAAUCCUUAAAAAACUAGAAGAUUAAAUGCACUAACUUGUAUAAAGCAUAAAAUUGAUGGUGCAUAGGACAGGUUUGGCCAUAACCUUUUUAUAACAUAUCCAAACCUUACUGUGUUAUAAUUUAUUUGUUUAAAGUAUUCUUGAACAAAGAUUAUCUGUAUUACAUUAUCAGUAUUUGUUUCUUUACACUGAUUUUAUUUUGGUAAAAUUAUUCACCUGGAACUGAAAAUAGGUAGUUUCAAAUUAAGCCAAAUUAAGCCAUGGGUGAAAAGGAAGUAGAUUAUUCGAUAGCUUAAUGACUGUGUGAACAGAACUGAACAUGCAACACAGUUUCUUGUUUUCCUUUGUUUAAAAGAAAAAAGAAGAUCCUGUCCUCAGAUUUACCCUCUAAAGGAGUUCUAUUGAAGAGCUACUACAAAAGUGAGCAAAUCAGCUUCCCUUAUUCUUUUUCAUGGAAAAUUUGACCCACAAGGUCAUCUUUGUAAUUAUGUUGCCCCAGGUUAAGAUUGCACGGCUUUCUGUUUAUGUGAUCACACCCAGCUGGCAAUUAUGUACGAACAUUGAUGUAAUACUUAACUUACAGAUGUGAUUUGGUAUCGACACCAGAGAAGGAUGUUAGAAUAUCACAUUUGAGCAAGUAAAAUAGUAAAGCACAUAGUGAGUGUACAUCCAUUCAAGUAGUACAUUGAUAAUUUAGUUUGGACAUGUAAAAGGAAUAUUUAUAUGGCUUCCCAAAUGCAAAAUUACAUUAUAUUUGUGUAAUUUCUCUGAAUAUUUAUAUUCCAUCCCCUUUCUUCAUUCUUAAAUGAAUUUUCCCUGUUGGCACAUUUGAGGCUUAAAUAUAAGGAACAUAACACUUGCAUUCUAAUUUUUGCAUAUAUUGUAAAUGUGACUGGUAUUUACAGCAAAAUACUGUGUAUCCUUUUAUGGGUAAAAAAAAAAACAGCUGAACAUUGCAUGCGUGUAAUGUGGUGAAUUUGUAACUUAGGGGUUCUUUGGGGCUUCUGUGACUUUGGAAAUGCUUACAUUCAGGCCUUAAUGUUGCAUUAGCUAGCAUGUUUCCCUUCUGAUGUAUAUAGUCACGGUCGUAUAAACUAACCUUUGCUUGUUUUCUACUCUGUGAUCUUUCCAUACUGUAUUUCAUUGAUGAUCAGUGAGUGUCAAGAAAUCAAAUCAGAUUAAAAUUAAUUCUCAUGUGUACAUUGUGAAAAUGUGUGGCUAGUGUGACUUUUGUUUGUUUGGUUUUUGGUUUCCAGAAAUUCGUGGCUAGUGUGUUUUUUGUUGCUGUUCUCUUUAAGUAAUAUUGAUCAGUUGUGACACUUACUGGUUAAACUGACAUUGCUACAGAUUUCUCUGUAAUAAGCCACACAUUAUAUUUAGGCAGUAUUAAGGGACCUUGGUUUUUUUGUUUUGUUUUUUUUUUCCUCCUAGAUAGCAGCUGUCCCAAAGAAAAUAUUUCUUCUUUGCCUGUUUAGAUUUAGUUCUUAUCUGCCAGUUUUUAAGAGGUUUUGGUUCCAAACUCAACCAGCAGUAUUGAGAGCUGAACUUAAGAUAGCUGUUGCACUUUUUGCUUUCCAUCUGUUUCUGUCCUUCAUUCUUGGCUUUCCUACUAUCUAUAAACAGCUGCUAUGAAGGAGAAAAGUUGAAUAAGAGCUGGCUUAUAAAAUUUUUUAGAAAGAAACUGGAAGCUCUAGGAUUUUCAUUGUAACAAGCUGAAAGCUGAGGCUAACAAGUUCAGACACCAAAGUAUUGAUCAGAUCUUGGAUCCUUUUGAAGAAGUUAAAAAUAUGUGAGGAUAAAUUAGAAAUACAUAUAAAUAUUAAUAAAAAUGUUGUUUCCCUUAUUUCUCUAUUAUAUGUUACGUGACUUGACCUAUAAUUUUAUUUUUUUAAACAAUUUCUUCUUUCUUGUAAUAUGAAUGCUGGUAUUUAAAGGUGGUUUCAUGUCAUUUUCUUUUGUGUUUCUUAAUUGUUUAUCUCUAAGCUUACUAACUCUUUAGAUUAUUUGUGAUCUGGAUUUAUAUAUAAGCUGUUAAAUAUAUAUGAACUGUUAAAAUGGAAUGCAAGUUUUUCAAAAGCCCGGGUCUAAAUGUAAUGACUGGUUUAUUGUUCUACAACCCUCAUCCAUCAUUUUCCAUGUAAAUCAUAAACAAUAAACAGGAUAUACUCGUUGGUCAUUUCUAAUA